AUAUCUGUCUUAUUCUAUCUCUUUUUAAUUUUUUAUGAAUGCUAUUAUACAUAAGAGUGUCAAUAAUUAAGAUUAUAAUAUUUGUUUUCAUGCAAUUCAUGGCAUCCUAAGCACCUUCAUUCUCUACUGUUUUCAUUCAUCUUUUUAUAAAUAUAAUUAUUAUUAGAGUGAUUGAGUGUUAUAGACGGCUCUACUAGUUAAGACACAACCUCUUCAUAUACUAUAUUUUAUCAUUCUCUUAGAACUCACUUUAAUUUCCUCAAGUGAAAAAAAAUAAAAUGGAAAAGUCUAAACUUCAUGGCUGGCAUGUUCACAAAGUAAGGGCAUUCCUUAACAGAAGUUAUACCUUAUUACAUAUUCUAUCUACUGCACCAAUUUUCUACUUAAGAGCUGCUUAUUUUUAUGAUCAUACAAAUAAUAAUACCGGUGAUAUAUAUAAUGUGGUGCCUUUGCUCCCAUGGCUUAUGGUAUUUGUUGGUGAGGUAAUUUUCUUUUUCUCAUGGAUCCUCAAGCAAUCCUACUACUGGCGUCCUCUGACUCGGACCGCCUACCCCGAGAAUCUGCCUGUGGAUGAGCAGCUGCCCAAAAUCGACGUUUUUGUAUGCACUGUUGAUCCUAACAAAGAGCCUACACUUGAUGUUAUGAAUACAGUUAUAUCUGCUAUGUCAUUAGAUUAUCCUGCUGAUAAAUUAAGUGUUUAUGUAUCUGAUGAUGGUGCUGCUGCUGUCACUUUGGAUGCUAUGAAACAUGCUUGGGUCUUUGCUACUUGGUGGUUACCGUUUUGUAAGAGACAUAAUAUUCUACCAAUUUCUCCUAAAGCUUUCUUUCAACAACAUUUACAACAACAAUCUCACAACACUCAUUUCAUUCAAGAUUAUAAGCUACUUACGGAGAAAUAUGAGGAAUACGAGGAUCGAGUGCGCAGCUGGAAGGAAAGACGAGGCGAUAAAUAUGACAGCAAAGCUAAUAAGAGAAGUGCUCAAGAUCAUUCACCAAUUAUUCAGGUGAUAAAUGAGAGUUUUGUAAGAGAUGAUGAUAAUGCUGCUACAACAAACCCAGAAAACAUCAAAAUGCCCUUCCUUGUUUAUGUAGCUCGCGAAAAACGGCAUUCUCAUCACCAUCACUUUAAAGCCGGAGCACUAAAUGUUCUGCAAAGGGUUUCCAGCAUAUUGAGCAAUGCUCCUUACAUACUAGUCCUAGACUGUGACAUGUACUGCAACGAUUCAAAUUCUGCUCGUCAAGCUAUGUGUUUUUAUGUUGAUCCUGAGAUAAACCGUUCAAUAGCUUGGGUUCAAUACCCUCAGAAAUUUCACAACAUUAAUGAACAGGACGUUUAUGAUAGUCAGAUGAGAGCAUCAUGGCCUAUAAUCUAUCCAGGGACUGAUGGAAUUCAAGGACCAAUACUUUCUGGUACUAAUUUUUACAUCAACAGGAAGGCCUUGUAUGGCUUUAAUAUCUCUGCAGCUGGUAAUGAUAACAUAGAUGAGCUCAGACAUACUUUUGGUUCUUCAAAUCUACUCAUCAAAUCUCUAACCCAAAUUAACGAGCCUAAUUAUCCAAGUAAAUUUUCCUCUGAUUAUCUACAAGAGGCUGAAUUCUUAGCUACUUGUGUCUACGAAGAGGACACACAGUGGGGUAAAAAGGUUGGUUUUCGAUAUGACACAGUGGUGGAAGAUGUGAUGACGGGAUUUAUAUUGCACAGCCAAGGGUGGAAGUCAGUUUACUUAAAUCCACCAAGGCCACAGUUCUUAGGUUCUGCCACUAUGAAUCUCAAUGAAGCAUUUAUUCAAUAUUGUAGAUGGAGUGCAGGCCUUCUUCAACUUGGUCUAUCCAAGUAUUGCCCUUUGUUUCACACUUCACCCGGAAUGCCAAUCCUUCAGAGGUUGAUUUAUUCUUGGGCUGCCUUAUUCCCUCUUGAUUUCCUACCCAUUUCGUGUUUUGCUAUCAUUCAACCACUUUGUUUCUUCUAUGGCAUACCUUUGUACCCUAAGGUCUCAGACCCAUUCUUCAUACCAUUUGCCUUUGUGUUUAUAUCAUCACAGUUAAAGCAUCUAUGUGAGGCUUUUUUUUGUGGAGGCUCAGUAAAUGCAUGGUUGAACGAGCAAAGGAUUGUGGUAAUAAAGGGUCUUACAUCCUAUGUUUAUGGUACUCUUGACUGUGUUAUGGGAAAGUUGGGGAUUCGCGAGACAAGCUUUAUGCCUACCAAUAAAGCCAGAGAUGAUGAUACAAGUACAUGGUACCUAAAUGGGAAGUAUGACUUCAGAACAUCCAACAUGUUUCUUGUUCCAAUUGUUACAGCAGUUAUCUUGAAUCUUUCUUCCUUUGUUGUUGGAGUUGCAAGAGCGAUAGUCAGUCAGAGUUGGGAUACAUUGUUUGCUCAAGCAUUCUUCUCAUUUUAUAUGUUGAUCAUCAGUCUUCCUGUGAUUGAAGGCAUGCUGUUAAGGAAGGACAAAGCAUGUAUUCCUCUGCAGACUACUUUGAAAUCAAUUCUAUUGUCUUGCUUCGUCUUGAGUUUAGGAUACUUGAUCUUGGUAAGGCGUUAAUGGAAAGGGUUUGUUUACCAAAAUGCAGCCAUAUACAAUAUACAUGAUGCCUUAGCUUGUUUUUUGGCCUUUUCUUUUUUGUCCUGUGUUCAGUAGCGGAUCCAGAUAUUUUGAUUUAGAGGUACGUAAUUAAGCUCAACAACAAAUAUAAAAGUAAUAAGUGGAUCAUUAUCAUUUUUUGCCAACUUAAAUUUGAGUUAUUAUUUAAUUCUA